AUGUCAAGCAAGCUGAAUGUGUAUUGUGGCACGAAGAUGAUUUACCUUCUGCGAGGCGGGGGGGCCAUCCCCUUCUCCGCCAGCAAGGCCAGCCCGCGGGUGUGGAGCGUCAGCCGGUCGAUGGGGAGCGACCACGAGAGGCCUUGGGUGAAGGUGCUGCCCCUCAGCCUGCUAUGCGCUGGGCUGCUGCUCUGGUGCGUGUUCAGGGAAGGAACGGAGAUUGAUGAGCGACUGGAAGCGGUUUUCUCCGGUCAGACCGUGGACCCUUUAGAUGUGACCCAAAAAAGCAGCGCUCCCUCUCAGCCGCAGGAGGAGAAGUGA